CAUGAACACCCACGUUAUGUCAUGUCCUCAGCCAAUGCUGAGCAGGACGAUACGUCACAGAAUGACCAAUUAAAUUAGUAAGCCAACUCCAAUACCGUUCGGACAUCAUGUUGGAAGCUGGCUAUAUAAUCCUCACCGAGAAGAGUGUAAUAGAUUAGUCCAGCAACACCAAUCAUCAAUCAAGACAAUCCACUCACCAUGACAAUCAAUUCGUUAACCACACGCAAUGAGAAAGCCGAGACCAGGAGCUUGGAUGACCUGUCUGAGUCUCAACUGUUUAAACCUGUCAAAAUCGGCAACAUCACUCUUCAACAUCGCAUCGCCAUGUGUCCUUUGACUCGUUACCGAGCCUCGGAUGAUCAUGUGCCCCAACCUUCAUUCCAGGACUACUACAGCCAAAGAGCAUCCGUUCAUGGAACUUUGUUGAUAUCGGAGGGAACAUUUAUCUCGGCCCAAGAUGGUGGUUACGCCAAUGCACCUGGUAUCUACAACGACGACCAGAUUACCGCGUGGCGUUCAGUUACAGACGCCGUUCAUGCCAAGGGUGGAUACAUUUUUUGUCAACUCUGGGCCUUGGGUCGUACGGCUGAUCCUGAGGUUGCGGAGAGGGAGGGAAUUGUCUUUCGUAGCUCCAGCGAUAUCCCUCCUGACUCAUUCCACCCCAAGCCUAAGCCUCUUUCCACUGGGGAGAUUCAUGAGACGGCUCAGAGAUAUGCUCAAGCUGCCAAAAAUGCUAUCGAUGCCGGUUUCGAUGGCGUCGAGCUCCAUGGAGCCAAUGGAUACCUUAUCGAUCAGUUCAUCCAGGAUAAGUGCAAUCAACGCACAGAUUCAUAUGGUGGUAGUAUUGAGAACCGAUCUCGGUUUGCGGUUGAGGUAACCCAGGCCGUCUGUAAUGCCAUUGGCUCUGAACGCACGGGUAUUCGCUUCAGUCCCUGGAGCACCUUCAAUGAUAUGCGAAUGAAGGAUCCAAUCUCACAGUUUGCAGAUGUCAUUAAGAAGCUGAAGCCGUUGAAUCUCGCCUAUCUACAUCUGAUUGAGUCGAGAAUCGCUGGCAAUCUGGAUGUUGAGGCCUCUGACACCGAUAAGCUAGACUUUGCGAUCAAGAUCUGGGAUCGACCUCUUUUGAUUGCUGGAGGGUUUACGCCCGAGAGGGCGCAGAAGCUCGUGGAUCACGACUGGCCGACAAAAGACAUCGUGGUUCCUUUCGGCAGAUACUUUCUUUCAAAUCCAGAUCUGCCUUUCCGAAUCUGGAGAGGCUUGGGACUGAACAAGUACAAUCGUGCUACCUUUUAUACGCCUCAUACAACGGAAGGGUAUACGGACUAUCCGUUUAGUCAAGAGUUUUUGGAUCACAUCAAGGGUGGCGAUGCUUUGGGACAAGUUGUAUAGAGAAGAAGGGCAGAUAUGGAAUUCAAG